AUGUCCUUCUUCAGAUGGCGCGGCAGCAGCACCAGCAGUGGCUCCUCUAACGCGCCCGCUGUGGGCUCUUCUCCGCAGAGAAACUUGGGCUACUCCACUCUCGCUGCGGGAAAUCAGACUGACGCCGCGGGAAACCCGUUUGCUUCCAUUUCGGAGCUGCCUGAUCAAGGCGAUGGCAGCGAUAAGUUCUUUGGCAUGGAAAACUUUGGAUACACCUGCUACUGCAAUUCGGUCCUGCAAUGCCUCUUCUACUGUCGUCCCUUCCGCGAGGCAAUCAUAAACUACCCGCCCACUCGCACUCCUCGCAAACGACGCACCUCCGUCAAAGGCAACUCUCCCCAUCCCUUUCUCCUCGCCCUCAAGGCUCAAGCAGAGCGGGAAGCUCUCGAACGUGCCGAAAACGGCAAAGCCGACGAUAAAUCCAAAAAGGGCACAAAGGCCAAGCGCAAUAACUCAGUCAUGUCUGUUCUCUCCUCGUCGUCAUCAAACAGUGCGUCGAACGGCAACAGCGUCAGCUCGCCGAGCUCAGGUACAGUCUCGUCCUCGCCCCCACUCUCAAGAGACUCCGGAAUGCUUUCCCCCGGCACCAACGGAAACCCGCCAUCACUCUCUCCGCAGCCUCUCAACUCCAACUCCCUCCCCCUCCGCGGCGACGACUCUGCGACCCCCGAACAAAAGAAAAAAGCCGCACUGAUGAACGGUCCGAUUAUCAAUAUGGAUCACAGCAUGAACGAGACCUACGGCAUGCAGGAAUCCCUCUUCACAACACUAAAAGACAUUUUCGAAGCCAUGGUCGAAAACCGAUCGCGGACCGGCAUCGUGUCGCCCGCAAAACUGGUCGAGGUGCUCAAGCGGCAGAACGAGAUGUUUCGGUCGUCGAUGCAUCAGGACGCGCACGAGUUUUUCAAUUUCUUGCUCAACGAGGUCGUCGACAAUGUCGAGCAGCACGAAUUCCAACUCGCCGCCAAAAACCCUGACUACACGCUCAAUACGCGCUGGAUCCACGAGCUGUUUGAAGGCCAGCUCACGUCUGAGACAAAGUGUUUGACGUGCGAGAACGUUUCCCGGCGAGACGAGGCCUUUCUCGAUCUCUCGAUCGAUCUCGAGCAGCACUCGUCUGUCACGUCGUGUCUUCGCCAGUUCUCGGCUUCAGAGAUGCUGUGCGAGUCAAACAAGUUUCACUGCGACUGCUGCGGUGGGCUGCAAGAGGCCGAGAAGCGAAUGAAGAUCAAGCGGCUGCCAAAGAUCCUCGGACUGCAUCUGAAACGGUUCAAGUUCACAGAAGACAUGCAGCGCAACGUCAAGCUCUUCCACAAAGUCGUCUUCCCGUACCAUCUGCGCCUGUUCAACACCACCGACGACGUGCAGGAUCCAGAUCGGCUCUACGAGCUAUACUCGGUCGUCGUGCAUAUCGGCGGCGGACCAUACCACGGCCACUACGUCUCGAUCGUCAAGACCGAGCAUGCGGGCUGGGUUCUGUACGAUGACGAGAUGGUCGAGCGCGUGGACGAUGACUACGUGACCAAUUUCUUUGGCGACAAGCCCGGUCUUGCGUGCGCCUACAUCCUAUUCUACCAAGAGAUCUCGGAGGCCGACUACGAAAACGCAAGGCGCUACGGUAGCGCGUCGGCCGCGACCACGUCGGCCAUGGACAGCGCCGAGCUCGCGAGAGUGAUCACAAACCCGUUUCUUUCCUCGUCUAUCCCCGAGAAGCCAAUUGUUGAGAAUAACAACACGACGACGACUGCCGCCGCGACUGGAGGUACACCGCUAGCGCCGACGCUAUCGACGCCACCGUCGACGAUUUCGUCAUCAACCACGCCGAUCUCGUCCGCGAGCUCUGCGAGCUCUGCCGCGGGCCUGACGAACCCCGUGCUGGCAGCGAACGACUCGCAGCGCAAGCUUCUCGCGACGAAGGACGUCAGUCCGCCGUUGUCCACCACCACGACGACGCCGAGUAACGCUACCACCAAGAAAUCGCCGCCGCCGCCACCGCCGCCUCGGAGGGGAAGCACGCCGCUUGGAGCGACUGCGCUGGCGAAGAGUAAUUCGGUGCCGGUGGGUGCAUCGCCGCCGGUGACGAUUAACGAGAAAAGCGGGGGUAAGGAGAUGAAGGGGAAGAAGGAAGGAUCGGGCGGGUUGUCGCGGUUCAGGAGUACGUCGGGGUCACAAAACAACAAGCGGUUUUGGAAGAAGGAUAAGGAGAAGGAGAAGGAAAAGAAGUGA